GUGCUCAUGGGCAAGAUCUCACGAUAAGACGCUCAGAGGAGGACGGCCAGCAGACUUUGGACGGUGGACUCCGGCUCAGCUCACCAUCUUGGUCCUCUGCUUUGCGUGACAAUUUGCCAUGAAGGUUGAGUUUGCCCCGUUGGACGUCCCCCUCACUCGGAGGCUGCAGACGGCAUCUGUACUCUUCUGGGUGUUUUGCUUCCUUGGCCUGGCGCCGGGCAGUGCCGUACUUUUCUUUGUCCUCCUUUUCACUCGCUGCUGGCUGAUCAGCGUGCUCUACGCCUGCUGGUGGUUCGUCGACUGGAGGACGCCGGCUCAUGGUGGCAGGAGGAUUAAGCUCAUCUGCAGGCUGCCCCUAUGGAGACACAUGCGAGACUACUUUCCCAUCCGGCUGAUAAAGACGGCCGAUUUUGACCCCAAGCAGAACUACGUGCUCGGCUUCCACCCGCACGGCAUCAUGGUGGCCGGUGCCUUCACCAGCUUCUCCAGCUGCACCACGGGAUUCUGGGAGCUCUACCCCGGGCUGAGGCCACACCUCCUCAUGCUGCCCCUCUGGUUCCGGAUCCCCUUCUUCCGGGACCUGCUCCUGUCUGGAGGUCUGGUCUCCUCGCACAAGGACAGCGCGAGGUACUUGCUGCAGCAGCCAGGGGGCGGUAAUGUGCUGGUAAUCGCGGUGGGAGGAGCCCCAGAGGCCUUGGAUGCACAUCCUGGCUCCUACACCGUGCAGCUAGCCAAUAAGAAGGGUUUCAUCAAACUGGCAAUGGAGAAUGGGGCUCAUCUGGUGCCUGUCUUCUCCUUUGGGGAGAACGAGGUUUACGAUCAGGUGGAGAACCAGAGGGGGACCUGGCUUCGCUCAUUGCAGGAGUGCCUACAGAGGGUGAUGGGAAUUUCCCUGCCCCUCUUCCACGCCCGCGGAAUCUUCCAGUACAGCUUUGGUGUCAUUCCGUACAGGAGACCAAUCAACACUGUGGUCGGGAAGCCGAUAAAGGUGGAGAAGAACCUCAGGCCCACGGAUGAGGAGCUGGAAGGCCUGCAUGAGCUCUACACCGAACAGUUGUACCAGCUGUUUGAGGACCACAAGGAAAAGUAUGGAAUUCCUAAGGAGAAGCACCUCACUAUCAUCUGAGUGGGGCCCUCCUUGAGCCGCAAGGGGCGGGGUCAGACUCUUACUGCACCCCUGUUGUUGUAUCAAUGGCUAAUUAUUUCAAUUUAGGCCAAUCCGGUCCUUGGGGACUCACAGUCGGCCCACGUUUUUGCUCCCUCCCAGCUCCCUGCCAGGCUACAGAGGGAGCGAAAACGUGGACUGUCUGUGGGUCCAGAUUGGGAAAUGCUGAUUUAAGCAACACCAGCAUCUUUUAAAUAUCAAGGCUGGACACCACACGCCAGCUUUACAUUGUUUUGUGUUAAAACCUUUGUCCAUUUUUAUAUGUAUGAAACGUAUCUCAGGAAGAAUGACAUAUGUGAUUAGCAGUGCGGCCAUAAUGAACGUGACUCUUUGCAUGGCUGAUACGUGUGAAAUUUAACCUGGAAUACAAGGACAUUCACAUGGGUUUAAAGACGUAAAAAGUGACACGAGGGUUAUGUGUGACUCAUGGCCCCAGUUUCUUAACAGAAUCUUUCGGAAGGAGCCAUCUUGGGGACAAGGUCUUGCAAAAUGAUAUUAAAGUACUGAA